AUGCAGAGGGCUCUCGUCCGCGAGCAGGGUCCUCACCGUUCAAAGAACCGUCUCACCCAGCGCCGGCGGCCAGCGCAGUCCCCCACGUCUCACCGGCUUGGGACUGCCGCUGCCCAGGAGGGGGGCAGCUGCUGCCCGUCGCCCGCGGCAGGGCCGGCCACCGCCCACCACGCCACCCCAUCAGCUGGCUUCACCCUCUCGGUUUUUCCAUGGCCUGUGCCGCUGCUGCCUCGCAUGCGGCAGCGGGGUCGCGGCCCCGCCUCCCUCGCGCCUCCUCCGCCUUCUCCAUCCUUCUCCAUCCUUCUCCAGCGCGCGCGGCGCGCCAAGGUUCAGCCACGUGCGUGUUGCCUGCUGUAA